GCGAGCGAGCGAGCGAGCGACCUACGGUUAGCUUAGCCUGUUAGCCUCGCUGUUAGCCUCGCUGUUAGCCGAGCUCAGAGAUGUCCCUGUCCCCGUGUCUGUCCCUGUCUCUGUCUCUGCUGAGACACAGUGUGCAGCAGCGCCUCGCAGCGGCCGCGGAGCAGAUUUUCGAGUUGUUUGAAAAAGCCCUCGCGGAGUAUGAGGAUGAAUUCACGCGUUCACUUCAGGAGGAAACCGUCUUCAGACGUCACGUUCACACUGAAGUGUCUGCAGGUGUCCAGCAGGGGGCAGUGAGAGAGGACGCGGUGGAGCCUGAAUGUCCCCACAUUAAAGAAGAACAGGUGGAACCGUGGACCAAUGAGGAUGAAGACGUGACCGAGUUCAACUUCAGUCCCGCUAUCGUGAAGGACGAGGACGAGGACAGACCUGAGCUUCAUCAGAGUCUCACUGAGGACAACAGAGAUGACUGUGGAGGACCAGAAGCAGAUGGACAUUUAGUACCAGUGAGUCCCGAAGCAGCUGAAGACGUUUCUGCCACUGAAGACAGUGAAGAUGACUGGAGGACGAGCAGGAAACGAGCAAGUCUGAAGAAACGUAAAACACAUGUUUCUGUCGCAGAGAAACCGUUUGUUUGCACCGAGUGCGGGAAAGGAUUUAAGCUGAGGGAUCAUCUGAAGGCACACGAGAGGAUUCACACUGGAGAGAAACCGUUCGGCUGCUCCGUCUGCGGCAGGAGAUUCAACCAGAAGUCAAACCUGCGGAGACACGCGGUCACGCACACGGGAGAGAAACCGUUUGUUUGCGCCGUGUGUGGGAACAGAUUUCGCCUCAAGGACAGUCUGAAGUCACACCUGAAAAUCCACACUGGGGAGAAACCGUUCGGCUGCUCCGUCUGCGGGAAGACAUUCAAACAGAAAGAAUAUUUAAUGGAACACGCAGUCGUCCACACGGGCGAGAAACGCUUCAGCUGCUCAGUUUGUCACCGCAGUUUUACCUGGCGUCAUCAGAUCAGGAGCCAUCAGUGUGUUAGAGACUUAUCUCUGUUUCACCAGAGUCUCACUGAGGACAGCAGAGAGGACUUUGGAGGACCAGAACCAGCCGGAAACUCAGGUCCAGAUGGACAUUUAGGACCAGUGAGUCCUGAAGCUUCAGAGACGUUAGCAGGUGAAAAUCUUUCCGGCUCUACAGACGGUGAAGACGAUCAGAGGACGAGCAGGAGACGAGCAGAUCUGAAGAAACUGAAGCCAAAUGUUUCUGCUGCAGAGAAACCGUUUGUUUGCACCGAGUGCGGGAAAGGAUUUAAAGUGCGGGCUCAUCUGAAGGCACACGAGAGGAUUCACACCGGAGAGAAACCGUUCGGCUGCUCCGUCUGCGGAAAAAGAUUCAACCAGAAGUCAAACCUGCGGAGACACGCGGUCACGCACACGGGAGAGAAACCGUUUGUUUGCUCCGUGUGUGGGAACAGAUUUCGCCUCAAGGACAGUCUGAAGUCACACCUGAAAAUCCACACUGGGGAGAAACCGUUCGGCUGCUCCAUCUGCGGGAAAACAUUCAAACAGAAAGAAUAUUUAACCAAACACAUGAUUGUCCACACGGGCGGAGACGGGACGAGAGGGGCGGAGCCUCCAACCAGCAGCUAGGAGUUGCUGUGUUCGUAAUUUAAUAUUUCAACGUAGACGUCUUCAGGGCGGGACUAUAAUCAUUAGCAUUAGCAAGUGUUUUGUGUUUUUGUCGCCCCCUAGUGUCGGCACUGUGACGUUAACAGAAGCUUGUGGACACUCUGACUGUGUCUCGUCCAGAGUCACUCGCAGUAAAACUACGACGUGCGCAAUAUGGCCCCCAAGUGGAUGUUUGAUCCAAAAUGGCCGCCAUUCCUGUUGUUGUUUGGGUCAGAGGUCAUGUGUCCUGACGUGUUAUAAAAUGACUUUUCAUCACAAACGGUUUUUGUUAGAUCUCGUGUCGCCCGGUGACAUGACCACGCUGCACACAGGAAGUCAUAUGUUUCGCUCACAGACGGAGGUGACGGUGGUUUGCUUCCGCCCGGCUCUGCUGCCGUUUACACUCAAGCGCUCCCUCAGUCUGUCACAAUGACGUACUGCAGCUUUAAGUGAUUCAAACGAUUUUGUGAAGUUUUUUUGACAUUUUGAUCUAUGUGUAUAUUUAUUUAUACAUACAUAUGUGUAUAUAUAUAUAAAUAAAUGAAUAAAACUUAUGAUGAAUGAACGUUUUUUUGUGAACGAAUGAAUGAAUGAAAAUAACACAGGAGUCCAGGACCAAGAGUCUGAACCUGAAAAAUUUGAUCUUUAUGAAAAAAUGUAUUCAUUUAAAAAAUAAGACCUAAAAUAUUACAAGUAUAAUGGUUUUGAUAUCAUCAUUUAUUUAUUCAAAAUGAUGUAUAUUUGUUCUAAAAAUGAUGAGAAAUAAAAUAAUGUGUUUAUUUUUCGCCUGAUCUUCCUGUGUUUUUAUUUUCACAUUUUUAAACAAAUCAAUUUACGAACUAAAGCG